UAAUUUAUUAAAAAAUUAAUAAAUUUAGACUAAUGUGUACUAUGCAAAUAAAGUUAUAAUUUUACAGUUAAUAUUCCAAGAAUUCUAAUUCAUUGUGGUCAUACUUUAUGUACUUCUUGUAUAAAGAACUUCCAUAGAAACAAAAGAGUUAGAUGUCCUUUAUGUUUAAAAUUAGUAAAAUAUAUAGACACAGUUGAAAGAUUACCAGUAAACCAUACAAUAUUUACAAAAAUGAUUAAUGUAUUAAACUUGCAAAACAAAGAAUAAGGAAAAGAUAUAAUUGAUGCAAAAGCUGCUUUAUACUAAUAAUUUGAAGCAAGUUCUAUUGAGGCUAAGAAAAGGGCUUAAUAAUUAAAUGAAUAAUCAUAUCCUUUAGGUCCUGACGGCUUGCCUUAAAAAAUGCCUCCAAGAGUAGACGAAGAAACAGGCUUAGAGUGGUGCGAAUAUCAUUAUGAUAGAAUAAAACAUUUUUUAUGUAUUGAUCAUAAGUAAACCUGUUGUAGGGUUUGUCAUGAAAUUUUUCAUAAUAAACCAGAUUGCGGGACUAUCGAUUUAUAUGAAGUUGAUGAUAUGCAUGCUUUUUUAACUGAAUUUUAUAAAAAAAAUAGAAUAGAAUAAAACGGAGAAAUGAAAAAUGGAGAAUAAUAACAAAAUGAUAAUU